AUGACCAGCAACAAUCAAUAUGUCCUGGUGACUGGCGCAAACAGCGGCCUCGGUCUAGGUACCUGCUGUCGUCUCAUCGACGAGUAUCUUGCCUCUUCUUCACACACCGGCGACCAUGGCGGCACCCUGACCAUCAUCUUCACAACUCGCAGCGCCAAAAAGGGCAGCGAGACACUUGCGACCCUCGAGAAACAUCGCGAAGCCCGACAUGGCUCCCCGUCUGGUCGCAGGAUCUACUUCCAGCCCGAGAACGUCGAGUUGACCAGCCUGCUCUCCGUCCGCGCCCUCAGCCGCAAACUCCUCGCCUCCGACCUGCCGCACCUCAAUGCGAUCGUGCUCAAUGCUGGUAUAGGAGGAUGGUCGGGCCUGGACUGGCCCUUGACGCUGUGGACGGUCUUGACCGGCAUCCGACAGGCGACAACGUGGCCGACGUUCAAACUGGGUCUUGUCGGACUGGUGACAAAGCCGCAGUUCCCCCCGGGGACGAUGCCCCGUGGUGAGGAGGAACCGAUCCUGGGAGAGGUGUUCUGCGCCAACGUCUUCGGGCAUUACAUGCUGGUACACUGGCUGAUGCCGCUGUUUCGCGCAUGUGACCCCCAGGACCGGGGCAAGAUCAUCUGGUCGACGUCCAUCGAGGCGGUCGGACGGCACUACAACCCGGAUGACCACCAGGGCCUGAAGUCCACAGCGGCGUACGAACACACCAAGCGCAUGGGCGACCUGAUGGCGCUGAGCGCGGUCGACCAGCCCGCCACGGCGAAGCAAGUCAAAGAAUACACCACCCCUUCACAAGCCCGGGUGUCGUCGUUUGCACGGGAGCGGCCAGAUCAGUCCGAGCCGACCUUCCACGUCUCGCACCCGGGCAUCUGCACCACCACGAUCAUCAGCCUGUACUGGAUCGUGCACGAAUGCUACCGGCUGGGCAUCUACCUGGCGCGCUGGUGCGGUUCGCCCUGGGCCAACGUCACCAGCUACCUGGGCGCCGCGUCGGCGACGUGGCUCGCGCUCGCGUCCCUCGCGGACAUCAGAGCCCAAGCUGUCCAAGCAACCGGCGACCCCGAAACCCGCGGACCGUGUAAAUGGGGGUCGUCGACUGACCGCCUCGGCCGUUCCUAUGUGCGCAUCACGGACGUCCCCGGCUGGGGCAUCGAUGGGAGCGGCAAGCCCUUCAAGGACAAAUGGUGGGGUGGGAGUCUCGGGAGAAAAGCCGGGUUCGUCGAUGCGACCAAGGAAGACGUCGAAACGUUCGUCGCUGAAGGAGCAGAGGUGUGGAACAAGAUGGAGGCCCUGCGCAAGGACUGGGAGGCCAGGAUUGAACAGUAUGAUGAAUUCGUGCAGGGGACAAAGAGCAAUGGAGGACUGGUCGCCCCAUGA